AUGCAAAGGCAGGCUCGUGCUGGUUCCGUGGCAGUAACCCUGUGUCCUGGUCGGUUCGGUUUCCGGUCCAGAUGCUCAUAUUUAAAUCCGUAUACAUCCACCUCUGCCCUCGAACAUUCGUUCUCCGUCGGUAUCCGCUCGAUCCGCGUCGUUCGUUGUGUUCCCGGAGGUCGCGCGGGCAGCUCCGCACCGCGCCCGCUUUCCUGUGUACAAACGGCAGCGUGUACGGUGCCGUGUUUAUCGGGGGCGGGGAAAGCAGCCGAUUGGUCCGCCGGCUCGGCCAAUGGGAGCGCGCGGCAGGCAGAGGCUGGGCUGCCCGAGGGAGGAGGAAGGGGGGCGGGGCUAUACAGGAGGGAGCUCCUGAAGCUGAUCCCAGCUCAGUCCACGCCCACAGAUCAGGACAUAGGGCGGGACGCACGAGCCGACUCCAGAUCAGCGGCAGGAAAAACGCGGACUUACGGCGGCUUCGCAUGCACUCCCCAACGUGCUCGCAGCCCGGUGACGUCAUUUGUUCCCUAUCGCUGCGGAACGCACGCGGCUGUUGGAGUGUCUGUAAACAGAGCAGAUGAAGAGCUUUCGCCUCCGAAACCGGAAGUGUUCGACAGUCACCCAUCUUGUCCGUUGUCAGUGGUGGAACCAGGGCGUAUCCGCUCUUUGAGAACCAGGAAACACGUCCGUGUCAUCCCCGGUGUCCCUCCUUUAGCUCCGAUCGGACCAGGAGUUGGACACCACGGCGUUAACGGACACCUGACUGUCGGAACCAGCUCGGCCCCGGUCGGUUCGAUGGCGAACACCACCGCCUCUUCACCGGGUCAGGCCACGCCCCCUGAAGGCGGUGGGCGUGGCAGCAGCUCGGUGGACCAGACGGCGUUCGUGCUGGUGCCGGCGUUCUUCCUGCUGGGUCUGCUGGGCGUGGUCAUCUGUCACGUGUUGAAGAGGAAGGGUUACCGUUGUACGACCGAGGCCCAGGACCAGGACCAGGACCAGGACCUGGACAAGGACCAGUACCAAGGACUGGAUCGGGACGUCGAGAUGGGAGAUCUCGACGACACCUUCAGCGACAACAACGACACCGUUGGACAGAUCGUUCAUUACAUCAUGAAAAACCAAGCGAACUCCGACGCCCUCAAAGCCAUGGUCCACGACAACAGCAUCGACUCAGACGGGCCGCCGCUGACCCCCACCUCCCCCGCGACGCCGUCCCCCCCUGUGACCCCCGUGUCACCGGGGGCUCCUGUGGGCGUGGCCAAACACACCUGUAACCACCUGCACACCAUCGGAGGGGUGGGCGGGAACAAGAACAUCUGCACCCGCUGCAGUCAGAAGAAGUGGCCGCUCAUGAGGAAGCCGUCGGCGAGGAGGGCGGAGCUAAGGCGGAGCCACUGCGGAGAGGUCACCGUGCUGGCGGUGGGCAGGUUCCGUGUAACCAAGACUGUUUGCGAAAAGCCGACGCGGGAACGACGGACGCUGCUCGUGUCCGACUCCGACCAGAACGUUCCCACGUCUCCCGUGGAGGCGGAGCCAAAGAGCUGGACCACGUCAGAGUCUCAGCAGGCACAGACUGACAACAUGGACAAAGAGAAAUGAUAAUCAGUUUUUUCUCUCAAACAUCUGGACAUUUUCUAAACCCAAAUCUAAACCAGUGAGUCGUCAGCGUACGAUGAAACAAAGCAGUGUCAGGAGUCAGUCCAAGUCUUCAACCAGAAACUCACCGGCGGAUGACGAAGACGACGAAGGCCACGACGACGACGUGGGCGGUUUUUCGGAGUGCGGUGGGUUCACCUGGGUUUCCUGUUUACUCCAGAUUUACGACAACGCAGCUGCUCCAGCAGAAACCAGGUUUACAACGCCACCAAACCAGGUGUUUAAAGGAUCGGACUGCGGAUCUGAAAGUGUUUUCUGAAACGGUCAGAAGGUAAAAGCUGACAGAACGCGUCGUCGGUCGGAUUAUUUCGGAUUAUUUGUGCUUCAUGGUCUUCUCAGCUGAUCAAAGCAGCUCCUUCUUACAUUAACAGCAGAGUCCUGCCGUCUGUUCGCCUGUAGAGCGAAUGCACGUUAUUCUAUCGGUUAUAGAUCGGAAAUUAACUCUGGAUUAUUGUCACAUGAUUAAAGUGUUUAAUUAAUAAUGAGGGGGAACAGCUGCAGACGGGCAUCGACUUCAAUACAGCCCUUCAUGGUGGAUUUUACAUAUAUAUAUAUUAACAUUAAUGUGUUUAAUUGUAUGAAUUUAUGUUCAAAUAUAACCAGAUUUUUAUGAUCAGUUGUAGAUAACGCUCAGUUUAGUUUAGAUUAAUAGGCCAAAGCUCGGUUUAAUACGGAAAAAAAGAAAAAUCAGGAAAGAAUCGUAAUGCGUUUAGUAAAGUUUACAAUGAAAUGGGAUUUAUUUUCCAAAGCAAUGACGUAAUCUGGUAAAAUAAACACUUUUAAGAAAGAAGGGAGUAAUAUAUAAAGAAAAUAUGAAAUUAUUUUUCCAUAUAAGUAGAAAUUUACAGGAAAAAAUGGUGGGGCAUUUACCGGGAAUAGAAAUUUAUAAAUAAAAACUAAUUACUGACAAGUAAGGUCAUAUAAUUAACAACAAAAAACUACAUGUAAGAGGAAAAAAAAUAAAUUCGGAAACAGCCAAUUUAUCUGAAAAACUCAGAAAUUAACAAGAAAAUCAAUUACCUCAAACUCAAACAAUGAAAAAAAAAAAAUGGGAGGAAAAUGUAUGAGAAAAAAACUUUAAUUUACCAGAAAUUUACAAGAAAACCUGAGAAAUCUGAGGAAAAAAAAGAAAAACACUUAUUUACCAGAAAAUUUCAAAUUAACCACAAAAAAAAUCCCUGAAGAAAAUUGUGUAUUUUUGAUAUUUUGUGGGAAAAUAAUUCAAGAAAAACUCAAUAAUUUCAAGGAAGAAAAAUAUGUAAAAAAAAAAAAAAAAAAACUGGGAGAUUUACCAGGAACAGAAAUUUAUAAGUAAAACCUAAUUAGUGAAAAGUAAAGUCAUAAAAUUAACAACGAAAAAUUACAUGUAAGAGGAAAAAAAUAAAUGAGGAAACACCCAAUUUAUCUGAAAAACUCAGAAAUUAACAUGAAAAUUAAUGACCUCAAACUCAAACAUUAAUGAAAAAAAAAAAAGGGAGGAAAAAUGUAUGAGAAAAAAACUUUAAUUUAC